AUGAUUCCUUAUAAGAUUCCAAUAAUUGGCCAUACUCUUGAUGAUCCUGAAACGUUGGAACAAGUAAUCACGCAAAUUACCAUUAUACACUGGAAGAAUACAAAAACAACUUAUGAUUUCUAUAAUAAGGAAAUUGGAGAUUGUUCUAACCCUAAAUUAAUUAACACGGUGAAUGGUAAUUUCUCGAGCAUAAUCGAUCGUCCAGUAGCUGAUGUUUUGGUUGGACAGAGUGUGAUUACUUUAAAGAAACAUUUGAAACCUGUAUUAGAGAAAAGAUUGAAAGAUAAAGAAAUUCUUGAUUUUGCAGGAAGAGCAGAAUUAUGGGAUGAUAUUUAUGAAGAACAAGUAAGAAUGUAA